AUGAAUCCCGAUGGCAGGGCGAUCCGUGUCCUGGCGGUGCUGGACCCUUCAGAGCCACACACUUUUGUCGAGCCUGCGAAGAAGAUCCAUGAGUCGCAAGAUGUAUCUGCCUUUCUCACCUCGAAAGCUUACUCAGGAAUUAUGACUUUCAUUCUGCAGCUAAACCGAGCAAUGUUUCCUGCAAAACUUCCCGAUGGAACUAUUCAAACUUGGCCCCUGGGCUCAGACGCCGUACAAUUCUCCGCGCCCAUCCGCCAGUUACAACGACUGCUGUCGAAGCUUGAGGACAUCGUACAAGAGGUUCCGCCAGACACUGGACCCCGGAGAUUUGGAAAUAUCAGCUUUAGAAGAUGGCACGAGGUAUUGGCUAGCCGGGCAUCUGAUUUGCUGAGAGAAUGCUUGCCGGCAGAGCUUUUGGAUAGGCGUUCGCCUACCGGCCAGGGAGUCACCGCAGAAGCAGAGCUCAAGGCAUACUUCCUUGGUAGCUGGGGCAGCGGACAAAGGCUAGACUAUGGAACAGGCCAUGAAUUGAGCUUCCUGGCUUUCCUGGGUGCGAUCUGGAAACUCAACGGGUUUCCACAGUCUGAGUUCGGAGUAGAGGAGAGAGCUCUUGUUCUCGGAGUAAUUGAGCCGUAUUUGGAGCUUGUCAGAUUAAUUAUCAAGACAUAUACUCUUGAGCCAGCGGGCUCCCACGGUGUCUGGGGUCUCGACGACCACUCCUUUAUCCCAUAUGUAUUUGGCUCGGCACAAUUGUCCCCAGCCAUCGAUGCCACCAAUCUCACGCCAGAGGAAGGCUCGCUACCAGAUGCACCUGACCCAAGCGGAAUUAUGAAGCCGGUCAUUGUGGAACGUGAAAGGAGAUUAAACCUCUAUUUCUCGGCAAUUGGGUUCAUCUACGAUGUGAAGAGGGGUCCAUUCUGGGAGCACAGCCCGAUGUUGUAUGACAUCUCUGGAAUUCGAGCUGGUUGGGGCAAGAUCAACAAAGGAAUGGUCAAAAUGUACAACGCAGAGGUUUUAUCAAAGUUCCCUGUGGUCCAGCAUUUCCCAUUCGGAUCCCUCUUCAGCUUCGACCGUGACCCUAAUGCUGUCAUGCCUCCAACAACUGUUCAUACGACAUCUGGCCCUCAGGGACGACCUGUCGUACCAGAUGCAGGUCCACCAUCAACCUCCACAGCUCGACCCAGUGCAGAUGCCGGGACCAAAGCUCCCUGGGCUACAGGGGGAUCCAGCACUCGCGCGCCUCCGCCUAUGGGAGCAACGGCAGCACCAUGGGCGACUGGAAGAUCAAGUGAGCCAACGGAUGCACCUCCAGCACUCCCUGAUACUUCACGUCUACCGCCAGGGCCAAUGGCUCCUACUAGAGCUCCGUGGGCGAGCGCGCAGCCUCCACCGCCACCACCAGGAGGUGAAGGGCCUACGAAAGCCCCUUGGGCGAAAUGA